AUGUCAAAGAUAGUUCUGCGCUUUCUCUGUUUGGCGAUUUCUCUUGUAAAUUCAGAGGUGUCAAACUUUACAUAUGGAGACCCGAGGGCAUGUUAUGAUGGCAAAGGAGAAAAGCCGUUUAUGUUUGAGGUUCUGCCUGGAUUUGGUUGGGAUAACCUCGUCAACGAAAACCGUGGCGUUGUUGUGAAUUUCAAUUAUUCAAAAUGCAAGACAACAGAAGACAGGCGCUAUCUUCUUCCAGACGGGGUCGUUACUAUUCCUGUCAAGACGAGUCAAAUGAACGUUUUUUCCAAGCUCUAUGACCACUGGUCUCAAUAUGAAUCAGAUACAGCAAAUUCGAUCAACAUUGGUGCUUCGGGAAGCAUUAUGGGAGUAGACAUUGCUGCAAGCUUUUCUUCUGAAUAUGAACACAUCAAAAAGCAUCAGUUGGAGGAUAAGUCGUUCACUACCAAAGUUCAGGCGAGGUUUGUGCGAUAUACAGCCAAGGUUCUUCCCGAUGUACAGCUUGACCAGUCUUUCCGUAAUCGUCUGCUAAGAAUCGCUGGGCAUAUUCAACAGAACCGAAAGCUGUCCACUAAGUACGAGAGCGAACUGCUGGUCCGUGAUUUCGGUACUCACGUUCUAACCAGUGUCGACGCCGGGGCCUCCAUUGUCAAAGUGGAUCAAGUCGACUCUUCCUUACUUGAAGAUACCACAACAGACAGAGUAAAAAUUGGAUUUUCAGCAAGCAUUUCCCUUCCUGGUAUAGCAAGUGCAAGCAUCAAAGAUCAAUAUUCAAACACAAAAACAGAACUUGAGAAGUACAUGAAAAGCGUCAAGAAUUCGGACAUUAGAACCUAUGGGGGACCACCAAUGAAUCCGGAAAAUUUUACGCUCAGCAAAUGGACAACUACCAUUGGGAAUGAUUUGGUUGCUGUUGAUAGGAAUGGAUUUCCACUUGACUACGUUAUAUCCACGACAACAUUCCCUGAGCUAUCUGAGAGUCUGGUAGAAGAGGUGGUUCAGAGUGUUCGACAGGCCAUCUCGUCCUAUUUUAAACAUAACACGUAUCCAGGAUGUACAAACCCUGAUGCACCUAACUUUAGCAAAAUCUCAAAUUUGGACGACGGUUCAUGCCAUGCGCCACGCACUAAUCUGAGCUUUGGGGGAGUUUAUCAAGAGUGCCUCUUCCAAGGUAAACUUGUUAAUAAUGAAAACUUAUGUGACAAACUUGCGACCAAGAAUCCGCAAACACAGGAUUUUUCGUGCCCAGAUGGAUUUGAAAAUGUUCUUCUUUACAAAGGAACAACACAUAAAGCUCAACAACAGCACCAAUGUCACAGAUGCUGGAUCUUCUUCAAAUGUUGUCAUGAUCAACCAUUUUAUGCUUCAGCAACAUACACAUCGUACUGGUGUCGAGCAAAGCCAAACUCUGAAGUGCAUGAGGAUAGUGGAUAUCUGUUUGGGGGACUGUUUUCAGACAGAACCAAUAACUUUGUCACGCAAUCAAAAUCAUGUCCGCAGUAUUUUAAUCCUUUGCUGAUUGCUUCCAAUGUCAGAAUUUGCAUAAGUGAUGACUACGAACUUGGUGCAAAGUUUGCGGUGCCUUUUGGCGGAUUCUACAGUUGCCAACAUGGCAAUCCUCUGGUUGAUGGCAAAUUGAGCACAGUGUGUCCUAAGGGAUUCAGUAACCACUUAGCAACAAUAGAAAAGGAUUGUGAAAUUCAGUAUUGCGUGCGGACUGGUCUACUCUCUGGUUUAAAAUUCCCAACCGUUCAUAUACCACCAUUUUCUGACGUCCCAGCAGAAAGUAUAAGAGAACCGGCUCAUUUCAUUAUUUCCCAUAACUCUGAGAACUGGGUUCAACUUGUUGAUCCUGAAAUGAAAGGUAAAACACCAGAAGAGUCAACAUGGACAACACUAGACUCGGCACCAAAAGAAAUGGAAACUUUAAUGAAGGCAUUCACCGAUAAUCAUGUGGUCAAACUUAACGAUGAGUCAGGAAUAUCAAAAGGCGCCAUUGCAGGUUUGUCCGUUGGUUUGACGACUGCUAUCUGCGUGAUCAUUGGUAUAGCCAUCGCCGUGCGACGAAAUCGCAAACUAAAAAGAGAAUAUAACAGAAUUGGAUAAGUCUCAGUUCAGGUUGAAUUCAUUAUCAAAAUAUUAUUUUAUGUCAAGGGCAACAAAGUCAACAAAUAUAAUUGUCAGUGUGUCUUAGUGUAUGAAAAGAUAUACAGUAAUGUAAAUCAGUGAAUGAUUAAAACUCAUUGGUACUAGUUAUCUUUUUUUUAUUGCAAUAUAAAGCUGUUUGUUUCAAUACUAAGAGACUGUAGCAAAAAUGUAUUCAGUAAUCUUGCUUUAAUUUGAUGGUGAAUGAAAUGGAUGUAGGCCUCUGAUUAAAAAUUAAUCAUAUCAAAUACAAAGACAAAACAUGAAAUUUCAAGAAUCAUUUCAAUUAUAUCUAUUGUUGUUUUAUUGAUGUGCAGUGUAUUCAAAAUUAUUUUUAUGAUUUAUAUUUAAAAAAAAAAAUUAAAAAAUCAUUUUUUCUGCAUUUGGGGGUUUGAAUAUUUUUUUCCAUAAGUAUAUUGUCAUUUAUAUUAUAAUUUUAACUUUUAUAUUUAAAGAAAAAAAUGAAGUCAACCUUUUAUUGCCAUGUCCCUAUCAAAGAGAUAAAGACUUUAAUGAAGACAAUCAAUUUUUUUCUAAAUAAUAUAACCAAAUUUUCGACUUAUAAUUCAAUGGUACUUAAGAUAAAUCAAAGUACUGAAGAACUGACGGGAGUUGAUUUUGUCGAUGUUUAUUUAUUUUAAAAUCAAUGAUAUGUUAUUUUGCAUGACAAGUACAUGUAUACGUAGUUUGUAAUUUGAAUUACGCAUAUUUUUAUAAUGUGAAUUUUUGAACUUUUUCGACUAGAAUGUCGAGAAACCUCCAUAUGAAUCAUGUUAAAUAAUAUUUAAAAAAUAAAAUUAAUUCAAUCAAACUAUGUAUCAGUGGUAGAAAUAUUUCUCGAAAAUUGUAUGGAUCCAAGCAAUAUGGAACUCUAGUCUCGUUCAACCAAACGCUCGGCUGACACCGUAAAUCUCCGACAAGGGUUUACGGAGACAGCCGAGCGUCGAGUUGAACGAGACUAUAUUGAACUCUGGCGUAGGAAUACAUACGACUACAAAAAAUAUUUAAAUUGUUCGUACCAUUUAAAAUCUGACUAUUUUUAAGGUAUUUGUAAAUAAGUUUCCUUGAAAAACAAUGCUUUAGCAUACAUUACAUCGAAUUCAUCAAUUAUUUUCAAGUACUAAGUCUUGUCAGGAGCAAUGAUUUGUGCUGAGGUCCAAACACUGUUUCACUUUCGGUUUGUCCGAGUGACUGCAUAGGAGAGUUGAUUAAAAAUCAAC